AUGAACUUGUUUGGAAUGGGGUAUUCAACUGCUGAAAAAAAUCUGAGUACUGCAAAAGCAACAAGUUUGAAUCCAAAUGCAGCAGAAUUUGUUCCUUUUGCUCUCAGGUCUGCUGCAGGCAUAAGCAGUACAGAUGCAUUGUCAAAGUUUUCUACCUCUACCACUGCAACACCGGGAAAAGCUGUCUUACAUAAAUCCAAGUAUUCUGUUUCAAAUAACUCAGAUGAAGAGGCCCACCUAUACUGGCACCACCAGCUCCCUGAUGACAUUACUCCCGACUUUAAAUUUAUGGGAGAUGAUACUCAAUGUGUCGACAGCCUAUCAUUUUUAGGCUUAUCCUUAACUGAUGCUAGUGAAAGCUUGAGAGACUCAGCAGGCAGUGACUUUAUGUUGAAGGAAUGGCAGGAAUUAUGUCCUCGAUCUGUUAAUGGUAACAGCCAUACUGCAAAGGUGAGGCAUCCUUUAUCAUCAUACAGGAAAUAUCCAUCACCUACAGGUUUGCAGCAUUCAUUUACCGAACCUCGGAACAAGAAAAUUGUCGGCAAUGACGAGUUCCUUGCCAGUAUUAGAAAGGGGACUCCUGAUGGUGGAAAUUUGAGACACAGUUUCCUGGCUGACAUGCCAAAUGAGCAGUUAUUAAUGGACAGUACAGAAGCAAAGUCUCUCGACUUUCUGGCUUCACAAUUCCCUGGUUUAACUGCUGAAAGCCUUGCUGAGCUUCAGGUCAAUGGAGGCUUAAAGCAGAAUCAGAAUUUGAAGCCCUUAUCAUUGCCAAGUCUUACUGCAUUUGAUUUACCUGCAAUUUCUUUGACAGACAGUCAAUAUAGCCUUCCAAAAUUUUCCCGUGAUGACCUACAGCAAAACAUUAGUCCCUACAGGAUAUCAGAAAAAGAAAGGACCGGCUUGUUCAGGUCCAGUUCUUCCAUUCCCUCUGGAGGCGAUGCAGAUUUUGCUUUAACGUUUAGGAAAAUGACAUCUCAAGAUUCUCUCAUUGGGAAGUUUGAUCUGAAUGGCUCUUCAGGCUCAAGCAUUGGAUCAGGUAGAAGUUCACAAGUCCCAACAGGCUUUUACAAUAGUGGCCAGGGCAAGGGGGUUUAUAUUGAUAACUUGCAAAAUCGGGGAUCAGCUCACACAACUCCUGUCUGGCUUGAAACUGGAGAGGCUGUCGCAAAUACGUAUUCUGAAAUGCGGAAGGAAGCUCGUGAUCGUGCACGCUUGCAUAACUCAUACUUUGAGCAGGCAAGUCAGGCAUACCUUAUUGGUAACAAGGCUUUAGCGAAGGAGUUGAGUGUCAAAGGACAGUUGCAUAACAUGCAGAGGAAGGCAGCUUAUGGGAAGGCUCAGGAAUCAAUUUAUAAUCAGAGGAAUCCGGAGGCGCAGGGCAAUGGGAGAGAGAGAAUGAUUGACCUGCAUGGUCUACAUGGGAGAGAAGCUAUUCGUUUCCUCGAACAUGAGUUGGCUGUGAUGAGAAUUGCGGCUAGGUCUGAAGAUCAAUGCUUGCUGGUUUAUAUAUGUGUUGGGACAGACCACCACACCAGGGGUCCACAUACUCCUGUUGGACUCCCAACUGCCAUUCAGCACUACCUGCUAAACGAGGAGGGCCUUGAAUUCUCUGAACCGGAGCCGGGGCUCCUUCGAGUUUUGAUAUACUGA